GAUAUCAUGUUUAGCAAUGGCAGAAGCAUUGACUUUCUAAGUCAAACACUAUUGGAAACAUUUCCCUAAUAAUACAUAAUAAUAUACUAUUAUAUACAAUUAUAUAGAAAUGGAGGGGGGAACAUUUCAACUCUUACCACAAUACUCUUUAAGAAGAAUAUCCUCACGUUUUACUCUACAAGAUGAUAAUGAGAAGGGCGAAACACGAAAGACACAUAAAGGCUUUUCGAUUAUUUUCGAUUCGCCAAAAUAUGUAACAGAACAAGAAGGUGCAUUGAUAUCAUCCAUUGAAGAUUAUAAAUAUCAACAAAAAGAACCCAAGCAUUUCGAACGCUUGCCUUCGGGCAAUCCAAGUUUCGCACAGUUCAAAGUUAGCUAUAAUGUGUUGUGUGAUGCACGCUAUAAAAAAGCUCGAAAAGUUUAUAAUGCACAAAUUCAUCGUGAAAUUAAAAACCUUAUAAAGUAUUCAGAGACAGCCAGCGAUGCAGCUGCUUUAGUUAGAUGGACCUCUUAUACAUCUUGGUGGCCCCCUUAUCAUAAUUUAACCGAAUUGAAGCAAACAAGUGAAACAUUUUUUAAACUUUCUGAUAAAGAGCAGAAACGUUUUACAAAGAUUAUGAAUACUGAUUAUGUUUGAAUCGAAUCCAAAUAUAAAUUGUAUAUUUUGCUAAGAA